AUGAAGACUGUUUCCGAAACCUUAAAUGACCUCUCGAUUUCGGUCGCACCAUCAAAAUCAAACUCGACAGUAUCCAAGUGUCUGCCAGUUUCUAACCCAGGAGAGUGUUUCUGGCAAUCUGAAAAGCAUAGGUUACAUGACCACCGCUCUACAGAAGAUCUCCCAACGCACAGCGAUGUAGUCAUUGUCGGUGCGGGGUACGCUGGGGUUAGCACCGCAUAUCAUCUAGUCAAAGAGGGCGGUGACUCGGUCAAGUCAAUCACUAUUAUAGAGGCACGAGGUGCAUGUUCGGGUGCAACUGAUUUGUAUGGUCAUAUUCCAACUUAUGUUGAGCGAGGUGGACCACGUGCAGGAGCUGAGAUUGCAGAGUUUGAGAUUGCUCACGUCAAGGAGAUUAAGAAACUCAUCGAAAAAGAGAAUAUAGAUUGUGACUUUAGCCUCUGCCGCACAGUUGAUGUAUGGUGUAAUGAGGAGAUGGCAAAGAAAGCUAAGGCAGUAUAUGACCAGAUGGUAAAGAACGAUUUUGAGUACAUGGAUGAUGUCAUCUUCCAUACGGGGAAAGAAGUUGAAGGCAUCUGUGGAGUUAAGGGUGCUAAGGCUUGUGCUUCAUACACAGCUGGGAGUAUGUGGCCUUAUAAGUUUAUACUGGGGCUUCUCGAAAUAAUUUUGCCAACCGGGAAAGUUAACUUGCAAACCAACGCACCAGUGACUAGUGUAAGCAGUGUACCCAGUGGAGGCCUCACAAUUGGGACAAGCAGAGGAAAUAUACAUGCUGGCAAGAUAGUAUAUGCCAACAAUGCAUACAUAUCUGCGCUUCUUCCCGAAUACGAUCAAAAUAUAGUUCCUUGCAAAGGUAUCUGUUGCCGUAUAACUGUACCUGAAGGCAAGACAGCACCACUUCUCAACAACACUUAUAUCAACCGAACAGAAGACAACACCCUUUCAUAUCUUAUACCCAGAGCAGAUGGUAGUAUCAUCGUCGGUGGUGCCGGGUCGAAAUUUAGACCUCAUAAAGAUCAAUGGUACAAUAAUGUUGAUGACAGUGUUCUCAUCGAGUCAGCAAAGGAUUAUUAUGAAAAUUACAUGCAGAAAACCUACAAUGGCUGGGAGGACUCUGGUGCUAAAGUUGGCAAUAUCUGGACUGGAGUUAUGGGAUAUUCUUACGAUUCAAAUCCUCACGUUGGUGAGGUACCUGGAAAACCCAAUCAGUUUGUAAUUGCCGGGUUCAAUGGUCAUGGUAUGCCAGUCAUUUGGCUUUCUGGUAAAGCUAUUGCCAAGAUGGUCUCAGAAGACGUACCGUUCGAGAAUACUGGUGUUCCACGAUUGUUCAAGACGACUCAAGAGAGGAUAGAUCGGGCCAAGAACGGAAGCGAAGAGCAGGGUGAUAUUCUUGGUACUGGAAAUCAGAAAGCCACAAAGCAAUGAGAGACCCCUCGCUUUCUCCUAUUUUCAUAUCGCUCUACCAUCCCUAUUGUAAUAGAGAGCGGUUGAACAUAGCUAGCUUAAGCAACAUGGGUGGAUACAAACACAUCACCUCCUUGAACUAGCCUUUCGCAGCAAAUUACCAGCUAAGCAUUGGCUUUUAGUUGUUAGUAAUAUUUGGCAACACUAUUCUCGGCUGAAAGACAUGGAGUCUGCAUUCUAAUUCAUCAAUAUCGCUGCUUUGAAUGAAUGGGGUUGUGGAGUAAAAACGAAUAUUAUUACUCUCAUCUACUUUUUAUCUACAGACUAUACGUUCUUUACAUUUGAGGUCCACCAGUCGCCCUCAAUACCUUGUGUAUUGCGUGAUUAGUAGUUGCAAGGCAGCCUCGCUUGAUGACCUGAAAAUAAGAAAAAUAUAACAUUUUUACCUUGAGUUGUAUAAAUUGUUGCUGCAAUGUUUCAGUCUUUCUCUUUUCAUGCUGCCAUUGUCGAUAGUUUGAUAAUUGUCCCCAGCACAACUUUACAAUUGACAAUAAACUUAAUCUACUGUCAUAUACCAACUUUCUAUUUCUUCAUAUCGAAUCCAGAACAGUGAUCUUCUCCAGCACAUUUGAACUAUUUUUUCCUUCGAGCAAGUCACUUCAAUCCCUUGCCUAGACUUGCUGCU